UGAAUUCAAUGUCUCAUUGUCAUUUUGUACUACACGAUUUCCAAUCUCUAUGUACAUGUAACUGUUUAAUGUACAAAUGGUUUUGCGUAGUUUAUAUUGUUCAAAAGCAAACUAACGAUACAUUUACAAUGUGUCUAUAAAUAUUGAGUUGUAAUUUACUUUUCAUAAGUGAAAGUUGCUUGAGGUAACGUUAUAAAAGUAAUUAACAUUUUGCACAUUUUUGUCCAGCGCGCAACAAUGGCUUGUGUACAGAAUUCAGUCCAGGCGGACUCUGAGAGGGAAGAAGGAGAGAUAGUAGAUGAAUUAGAUGAGCUUUCGGACAUAUCCUCGGAGGAAGAGUUUCUGCUUCGACAGAGGUUGCAUAUGCUUGAGAAGUAUAACAAUGUCCUUGAACGCAAGAAUGCGAAGCGUACGAGCAUCACAGGGCCUGGUAAAAAAAAUAAGGACAAUGAUGCAUUUUUAUGUGAUCUCUCUGAGAUAUCUGCCACAGAAUUGGAAGAACCGUAUAUAGUUUCUAAAGAUAGCAGGGAACAAAAACAUUUAAAAUCAUAUCCCAAACCAAAACGAAGAAAAGACCUAUUACCUGACAACAAUGUGGCAAAACGGGUACACAGAAGAAAAUCUAACAAAACUAAGAAAAGAGCAACAUUUCUAUCUGAAUCAAGCGAUGAAUCUGACGAUGAGUAUAGAAAUAAAAGACGAAAGUUAGCUGCAGCUGUCAAUAAGGGUAAUGUAGACAAAUCAACUUUGAAAGCAAGGCUUGAAAAAAUGCUCUGUGGGUCACAAAACCCUGAGCCUGAUAGAUUCUUUCCGAAUUCACAAACUGAAACUCAUCUUGUGUCCAUUAAUAACGAGAUUUCUGUAGAAAAGGUAACUAGCCCAAACGCUUCGAAUGAAGUAAAAAAAGAUUCUGUGAAUGAACAAGUAUAUGAAUCUAUAGACUUAUGUUCUGAUAUAGAUACUAAAGAUAAUGGAAAUAAUGGCAGCGCUAUAAGUGUUCUAUCAAGCACUGAAAAUAACGGCAGUAUUUUAAAUGUACCGCCAGAUAGCCAUUUCACCUUGGAUUUAGCCCAAGAAACUACUGUUAAUGUGAAGAAUGUAAUAAUCAACGAAACUCAAAAUACCAGAGAUUCAGAUGAAGAUUUAGAAUUACUAAGAGAACACGCUUUAAAAACGAAGGCUGUCAAAUCCAACAGUCAAAAGAUUGAAUCGGAGAAACAAAAUACACAGCGAAGCGAUGUCGUUGACGAAAAAGAUGUUUUGUUGCUGUCAGGGGAUGAAGAUAGUGAUACGGCUGAGCUCCGAUUGAUUUGUCUAAAAUCUGCCUUAUUGAAAAAAGCUUUUGAAAGGAAACAAAAACAAAAGUUAAAGAAGAGACUGUCCCAGUCUUUGAAUCUGGAUGAUGAACUUAUGAGAGAUCAGAUAGAAUAUAUGAACCAAAUGUUGUCAGAUAAUAAUACUGAUAUAGAAUCAGUUGAUAUGGAUAUUGGUUCUGACGGAGAUGAGAAAAGUAAAGAUUCUCUUACUGAAUCUUUAAAACCUACGAAUAUAGAAUAUGAAAAAGGAGAUGUGGCAGAAAGUAAUAAACGGAAUAGAAUAACGGAAUUAAUGAAUUCUAAGGAGGAUGAAUUUGAGGAGGACGAGGAUCUUUUACGUGCCAAAUUAUUAACUUCCUUAAGUAAAAACUUGCCUAAUCUUGUUCAUCCCAAUGUUAUAAAUAGUAUCACAGAUGAUUUACCAAAAAAAGAUAGUGAGACUGAAAAACAGGCCAAUAAUGUACCAGAGGAGAAAAGAUUUAUAAUUAGUCUUGGAAAUUCUGAUUCGGAGGGCGAACAUGAAGCAACAAAAAAUUUAACAAAGAUGCAUAUGAAAUUGUCAGAACAAGCCGAUUUCCAGCAAAAACUUGAUAUGUUCUUGAAAUCUACGCGUAUGGAGGUAGAAAAGAGUGUUCUUCCUGAUGUCGUCCAACAACCUGUAGUGCCGCCCGUGCCAAAAACUAAGGAAAAAUUUGUCCCAAAGAUUGUAAACCAUUUGCCUAAAUCGGAACAAAUCGAGUACAAGAAUUUAGUAAAAAGAAUGGCAGAGUUGGAAAAAAUUAAAAACGUGAGACAAACGUCGAUAAAUGUAAAUAAAGCAACAAUGAAGCCAAUGGAAACUUUAAAACCUCAUAAUUUUGGCACUAGAGAACAGCUUACAAAUACCGAAUUAGAAGAGCAAAUAGCUUUGUCAAGAAAAACUAUAGCAGAAGAAUCGGCUAAAGUACUUAAACUAAAAGACGAAGCAACCAAAUUAUCACACAAGUAUAAAAUUGUAUCAACUGAACUUCGUAAUAUAGCAACUGCUAUAACUUUAAAUAAAAGGCAACAGAAAGUUGCCCAGAUUAAGUUGUCUAAAAUAAGAACUCAACAUCAACUACUAAUAAACAGCUCAGCUACUUCCAAACAUUCCAUACCCAACGGUAAUCUAGCACCAAAAGUUCGCGGCCCACAAAAACUUGCAACAACCACGAAGAGACCACAGAAAGAAAAUGCCCCAGUUGAGGAACUCAAAACCGUACAAUUAUACAAUCCAUCAACACUUAGUGACCUACAGUCAGUUAAAGUGAGCGUGGUCAAUGAUAUAAUGGAAGAAACAAACCCUAGAUUAUCAGUUCAGAUAGAUGUUACUAAUAAUAAAAAGACAGUAAAAUUGCCCAAAGACCCAGUUAAGAGUACAUUUAUAGAAAACAAUGUAGAAUCUAGAAUAAAUGAUGGAAGUAUUGAUGCCAAUGUAGAACUCGUUGACAGAGGCAGGAAAGAUGGAAAAGAACUGACUGAUAGUAACUGGGGAAGUAAGAAUAAACUGAAAGAUGAUGAUUACAAGUCACCGCUCCAAGCAUUAGGCUCUGCAAAGUGUAUACAUAAUAGAACAAGAAAAUGUGCAUGUUUCAAUUACCGCUUCCGAUAUAAAUGAGUGGAUGGAUGCGUACACAUCGCUGGACGCGUGCGAUGUAAGUAUGCAGUUCACCUGUCCACAUCCCUUUCUGAUGUCUUUAUUAACGUAAAAAAUUUUCAGCUGGGACCCGAACGCCGUGCUCUGCCGUUUCGAGAUCGGGGGCAAUUGCAAAGACCCUGAUUGCAAAUAUCUACACCCAAAAAUACAGGAACAAUGACACUUUCCACAAUACUCAUGCUGCCACACACUGCCAUACUUUACAUACAUUUACACAAACAUUUGUUGAUAUUGCUGCUGUACUGGACUCUACAGACAAUGUGUAAAGUAUAUGACAUAUAUGUAUUAUGUAUCAUGGAUUUAUUAUGUUUCAAAUUGCUAACAUACACGGGUUAUAAAAAUAUAUAAUGUGGGACUAUUUGCAGUCCGUUUAUUUUAUGCAAUCGUAAUAGUUGGAAAAGGCGUUUUAUGCAAAAGUUACGAAAUAUAAUUUGCAGCACAUGGUGCUACCACCCUAGUGUAUUUGAAGGGCCAUAUGUUCAUGUGUAUGUAUGUAAGGGUCAAACGUACGAUACAUGUGCAAUUAAGUAAUUCGCAAUUCGUGUCGAUUUAAAACACUCCCCUCAGUCGUGUUUUAAUUUACCGUCACUAAUUUCGUAUGAUCUAGUUAUGUACUUUUCACAUACAACGGUACAAUUCAAUAUUUACAACAACAGUUUUUUUUUACAGAAUAAUGUUAUAUAUGUUAUAUAUAUGGCAGAAUAGGCAUUAUGCAAAAUUUUAUUGUAAAAUUAAUUAAAUUAGUUCCUUGCCGAUAUAAUAUUAAAAUAAAACUUUAUUUAAUUAUUCCCAACUAUUACGAUGCUAGAAAAUAUAUAAGUUACAAUUUAAAAGUUUAUUGUCUACGCAUAUAUUUCCAAAUAGACGCAGGGGUCAAUCUCAUAUUUAGUUUUAACUGUUGAAUUUAUAUUAUAACUGGCUUUGCCGCCACAUAACAAGCUAAAGACUGUGUUAUUUGGUUAAUAUGCAUGUAAUUGACGUCACCGGACUGUUAACCAUACUUAUCAAAUAAUUGAAAUCGAUAAGCGCUGUUCACAUAAUGGUGUUACCUUGGCAGUGUUUCAUUUUCAUGUUUACAUUCAAUUCUGCGCUUGUCAUUUGUUUGUUCAAGACUCAUAUCAGUUGAUUAAAUAACUUUUUAUACGAUUCUAGUUGGUGUUGCUGUCAGAUGUCUUCCCACAUUGGUAAGUUGCGGUAUUUACUAGUCAUAGUGAAACGUAGUGGUCUCUCGGACUCUGCUCGCAUCCGGCAACGUUUGUGGUAAAAUGUAUGUUUUAGUUAAGUUUUAUUAUAAAUAUUUUGAAAUUACGAUAUUGUACAAUGUGAAAAGUAUAAUAAAUUAUUAUUUUGUAA